GCAGAGCCCAGGCGGCGGUCUUGGAAAGGAGGGAACACGUGCUGCAGCUGCCGGGCAGGAGAAUCACUCUGUCUGUCUGGAGCCCCGCGGACGCAACGACGUCAUCAUCCCCCGCCGCCCCAAACGCCAAUGCUGAGACAGAUCAUUGUCAAGGACAACAUCGAAAGCCCACAGAGCUUCCCAGUUUAUUUGAUCCAGCCUCUGGUGGAGGGGUAGUUGAGGAGAGCUUCUCCUUGCUGCAGCCCAAAAAGAUCCUGCAGGUGAAUCGUUACCUGCUGCUCUACCUCCAAGAAUGUUCCCAGGCUGCCAAGGACUUGCAGGACCAGCUCUCCUUGAUUCCAUGUUCCGCAGAGCUCCGCCCAGAUGCCGAGGAGGUUGCCGUGACCUUCAAAGGCACUAGUCAGUCCAGCAGAUGGGAGGCCGAGGUAGAGAAAGUGUUCAGGGUCGUGGAAAAUAAAUACCACUGUCACUACGAAGCCAGCCAGGCGAAGCAACUUGCCCUGUUGAAGACCCCCUUCCUGGCCUCCGACAACCUGCGGGUCUACACAGAGAGGAUGCAGGGCUUCACCGUGAUAGUCGGCUCACGGAAAGAUGUGGAGGAUCGUCUCAAGAUACUGGACGCCCUGGCCCGAAAAGUCAUUAGGACAGAAUGCCGAAUUUCUGAUGCUCAGUACAGUCUCAUUGAAGAUGCUUUCAAAAAUGAAAUAGGAUCCCAGCUUCCCAGUGUAGUGGUCUCCAGGGAAGGAUCCCUGUCUCUGGUUUUGGAAGGUUCCGAAGACGAUGUCCGGCUGGUGAGGUUCAAGCUACAAGAGAUGGUUAAGCAAGUGCAUGAAUGUACAGUCCAGUUGUCCCGUCCUCUUGUGUCCUUCCUGGACACUAGAGGCAGUGCACAGGAAUAUGUGGAUUUCUUCUGUAAAGUGCUGAAGGGCCCUGUGGCCAUAGAGAUCAGCCUGGAUCUGGACCUCAGGCUCCUUAGUUUAGAUCGCAGUGUUUUGGAUGUGGCUGAGAAGGCCAUGCUGGAGGAUCUCCAAGAGAGAACUGUUGCACUUGACAGGGAUUGGGCAUCUUCUGACAAUCUUACACUGCUGAAAGAAUCCCUGCAGAGGAGAGAAGCAGAGAUGAACCGAGAGAAGAAUAGAGUGCAGGUUCACUACCUCCAAGAUCCAGGCAUGGGGAGGAUCCAUGUUCAGAUUCUGGGGUUCAAGAAGGAAGUGGAAAAAAUGGAAAAUGAGGUUCACAUCUUCAUUGAGAAGAACUCUGUGAAACAUGAAACCAUCCUUCUUUCCAAGCCGGAAAUCGUAGACUAUUUCUAUGACCUCCUGGACUUGCUUGGCAUGGAAAAUGCCCAAGUUAAUAUUUUAAGUGAGUCUUCUCCAUCGCCUGGUCUUCACAUCACUGGGCCCGCUCAGCCUGUGAAUGAACUCAAAGCCACCCUGAAGAAAACUCUGGACAGUUUGGUGUGUGACAUGCUGAGGAUUGACCAACCAGGGGCAUAUGAAUACUUCCAGGGCAAGGGUCAAGGGACCCUGACCGAAGUGGGCACCUUGUACAGCUGCCUGAUCAGGCUUGUAGAAGGAGAACAUGUGAAAGCCACAGGUCAUACAGAAGCUCCCUCUGUGAGGACAGGGACUUCAUCUGGCAUGAAGACACCGGGGGUGUGGUCCAGCUUCCUUCUAGAAGGGGGCGUGACGUUGGAGGUUCUCCAAGGGGACAUCACCGACCUUAAAAUGGACGCCAUCGUGAGCGGGGCAGGCGAAAGCUUAGAAAAUGCUGGGGGUGUGGCUUUCGCCAUUAGCAGAGCCGGUGGUCCGGCCAUCCAGAAGCAGUGUGACGAAUGGGUGAAGAAGAAUGGGAAGGUGCAAGUCGGAAAGGCAGUGAAGACCACCGCAGGUUCCCUGCCUUGUAAGGCGGUGAUUCAUGCUGUGGGCCCCCACUGGGGGCAGGGACGAGAUUCAGACAGGGUACGAAAUCUCCUGGGCAAAGCCGUGAGAGAAUCCCUGGAACUUGCGGACACUUCCGGCUGCCAGUCCUUGGCGUUCCCCUGCGUGAGCUCAGGAGAGCACGGCGUGCCCCUGGCAAUCUGUGCCGAAACCAUCGUGAAGGAAGUGCAACAUUUCGCCAGGGUGGCCAGUACCCUCCAGAGUGUCACCCUAGUGGACAUCAACUGGGACACUGUGAGCGCAUUCCAGGACGCCUGUGUGAAGCUGCUGAGGGAGAAUGUCAUGACUUUAGGAACCCCGAUCGAUUUCCGUAAUUCUUAUCCCUCAAUUACAAAAGAAUCCUCAGUUCCAGAUGUCCACAGAAGACUAGAGAUAGUGUUGGGAAAUAUUGAAGAUCAACAGGUGGAUGUGCUCGUAGCCCCGACUAUCAACCUGGAGCUGCGUUCUACCAAAGUGGGAAAAUCUUUAGCUCACAAGGCUGGCGAUCAGUUCAGUCAUUUGUUUGCUCGCUCAACCAGAGGGGCACUCGUUGUUCCUGGCCAUUUGCUUGCUGUCGAUGCUGUCCAGGGUCUGCCCUGCAAGCGGGUCUUCUUCAUUCAGUGCUCUGUGUGGGACGGGCUGUUCCAGGGCAGUGCAGUGGAGGCUCUCUGCAGUGGGCUGAGGAGCGCUCUGGAUACUUGUGAGAGAAGAGGACUGAACACCAUUGCCUUCCCAGUUAUUGGCCCAGGAAUUGCGCUGGGGUUUCCUCGGGAGGUAGCAAUCAGCACUCUGCUGGAGGAGAUCGGACACUUUGAGCAAACCCGACAAACCAGAUGUGUCUCCACCAUCCGUGUUGUCAUUAAACCCACUGACCAGGAUUCUGCAGAGGCUUUCCAUAAUGCCCAGAGAGGACUCAUUCCGCAAAUGGCAAACCAGGCAGCACAACCAUCUUUCUUCCACUCGGUGACCUCGGACCUGGAUGAGGUCACUGUGACGGCGGGCGGUUUGAGGGUGCAGGUUGUCUUCGGGGACAUCCUUGAUGAAACCACCGAUGUCAUCGUCAACUCCACAGACUUCACAAGCAAUCACACAGGCGUUUGCAAGGAUAUCCUGUCUGUAGCAGGCAAGGAGAUCCAGACAAAGGUGGAGACAGCCCAUGUGGCCUAUGGUGAGAUCUACCAAACCACUCCAGGCAAUUUCCCGUGUAAAGCCAUCAUGCACGUGUGUGGCCAGAGAAACACCCCCGUGAUAAAGGCCCUGGCAGACAAAAUUGUUCGAACAUGUGACCGCAGCUGUUUUCAGUCCGUUGCCAUGCCUGCAAUUUGUGCUGGUGCAGGUGGACUGGAGCUUACAGAGGUGGCUAAGUCGAUCCUUGACGGGAUCUCAUCCGCAGUGCAGGGCGGACCCCUUCGUUACCUCACCACAGUCCGGCUCAUCCUGCUCAAGAUGAACGUUUUCCAGGCGUUCAAGCUGGAAGUGGAGCAGCGCUUUGGGAAAGCAGCUCGAGAGAUGGCCGUUAUCAGCCCGCCGAACCUCCAAACAAAGCACUCCUUGAAAGAAGCGGAGGUUCGCACUGGACCUGGAAAACUGAUCGACCUCGGCAAGCUGUUUUCUGGCGCUCAAGGCUCUCUCAGCCCCGCUGUCUUGGACAUUGUUGGGCUGAAGGCAGACAACGUGAGGAAAGUGAAAGAGAGGCUGCAGUCCGACUUCGACAAUCAGGUCAGCCAGCAGGAGGUAACUGAAGAGGACCUGUCCAGGCUGACCGAGGAGGACCUCCAGAUCGUUCUCGGCCUGGUCUCUUGUCAUAGUGUGCAGUUGGAGAAGAAGAGGGACCGGACAGUCAUCAUCAGGGGGCUUCGAGAUACAGUGAACAACAUUGUCCAACGUGUUCAGAAGUCCGUCAUGGAGCACCUGUUGAAGACAAUGCAGGACAAGGAACAGGAGGAGUUGUAUCCAAAAGUGAUGUGGUGCUACGAGAAGAAUGGACACUGGGAACGUUUCCCUAAGGCGCCUAACUUCCAGCUGGAGAAUAGGUGUCAGACAGAUGUGGUGGAUGGAAAUGGGGCCCAGCUCUCAGUAGAUCUCCAUAAGAUGGAGGCUACCAAUCUGAUAACAGCUCAGACCAUGAGAGUCAAGAGGAUGGAAAACCUCCCUGAUUUCACCUUUCCCCUACAUUGGGAUGGUAUGACCAAUGGAGAAUCCCUAAAGAAAGUUGAGCUCCAUCCCAAUGAGCUGGAGUACCAGAAAGUUGUGGCUGACUUCAGGAAGACUGCAGGCAACACUGUCAUAAAAGUCGAACGGAUACAGAACAUUAACCUGCGCAGGGGCUACGAGGCGCAGAAACGGAAAUUCCUGAACAAGAACGGACCCACUGCAGUGGGAGAGAGGAUGAUGUUCCACGGCACAACAGCAAGUGCCUGCAGCUCCAUCGCCGAGAAUGGCUUCAACAAGAGAUACGCGGGACAGAAUGCCACACGCUACGGAGCUGGCGUCUACUUCGCUGUGAAUGCCUGCUACUCUGCCAACCCCACGUUCUCCAGGCCAGAGGAGGACGGCUCGCGCUACAUGUUUGCAGCCUGCGUGCUGACGGGACGCUACACCCUGGGGUCGGCCGAAAUGAAAGUCCCCCCAGCCCGCAACCCUGCCAACCCCAAUGACACCUACGACAGCCUGGUGAACAGCAUUCUGGACCCCACUUUGUUUGUUGUGUUCCACGAUGACCAGGCUUACCCAGAGUACCUCCUCACAUUUAAGUGAUGCCGCGUGGGGGCGUAUGAUAUGCUAGGAUUGGGGGACCAGGCACUUCCUGACCUGCAAGAUUUUCUUGGAUUUUAAGACCUGGUAUCAAAUACAUGCACUGACAUACUGUACAUACGCACAUGAACACUUCUUUACAUGACAUGACAAUGACAUUUAUACAAAUGUGCACAGAUGCAGCCAUCUAGAAUGCAUGGCAAAACUUGCAUUAGGACUAAGCAAGGUAUGGUAAACUGUGGUGUGUUUCGGCGUGCCAGAGUUAGUGCUUCACUGCCCAAAAAAGAUAGAGGGCACUUGUGGUGCGUUAAAUGUUAUUCACUUAAUAUGGAAUAUCAAGAUGUACAGAUGU